CGGUUAUUCUGAUCUACAACUGUAUAUAUACUGACCAAGGUUGUGGUUGAUAACUUGAGAACGCCUCAUCUGAUCUGCUUCAAACUUCCAACACUAGUGUAGUGUAACCAGGACAAGCUUCGUACAACUACCACACCAGGACGGACGUCAUCUUCUCACUUUUCUGCAGAACUUUCCCUAUUGUGGUUUCCGUGAUGCAGCUUAAAGCCUACUUCAACCAGCGUCAAAUUUCCAGUGGUGUAACAUCAUGUGCUGGCAGCCCUACCAAGAGGGAAGCUGCGACCCCCAACCCCAAGAUCACUUAUAGCAAGGAAACCAUCGCUAAGGAGGGAGAUGAGGUCAAGAUCGACUGUGCUGUUGAAGGCGUUGAUCUGACAGGCGUCCAGGACUUCAGUGUAUCAUGGAGCAAGAUCAACGAAGAGAAGCCAGCCAAUUCUUACCCCAUCUCCAACAACGACAGAGUCCUCCUCUUCUCCAGCAAGUUCAGAGUUGAUCAUCCAGCCGACUCACAGCAGUACUCUCUCAUUAUUAAGAAGAUGAGUGAAGAAGAUUCUGGCCUCUACCGCUGUACUGUCAACUUUGGUGAGGAUCAGAAGAUCAACGCUGACGUCCCUGUCACCAUCCAGAAAGCUCCUUACUUCACUGAUGACUUCACCAAAACUCUCACUGUGACUGAAGGUGACGCUAUCAGCAUAGACUGUCAGCCUGGAGGCUCGCCCAAGCCCGAAGUCUACUGGGAGAGACUCAACCAGGAGCUGCCUUACUAUGGUGGCAAGUUCUUCAAAGCUAACCAGCUGGACAUCCCCCUGGUUGAUCGUAGCCACAAGGGACACUAUGUCUGCUAUGCUAACAAUGGUAUUGGUGACCCAGCCAACUCUCAUGUCAUACUGGAGGUUCAGGUCCCACCUGAGGUAGUAGUCACCAAGGACCAGGUUUUUGCGUCUAUGACAGAGGAGGUGAUGAUGGAGUGUAAAGUGGUGGCCAUUCCUGCUGCAGACAUUGCCUGGCUCAAGGAUGACUUACCUAUCCUGGGUAGUGCUAAUUACAAGAUAAAGACGGUGCCCCUGGAGGGUGACGAAGGAGUUGUCUCCACCAUGGCGGUGACUCAAGUCUCCUCUGAGGAUAUAGGCACUUACAAGUGUCGUGCCACCAGUGCUAUUGGCACUGCUGAGAAGAGCAUAGCCUUAAUAACCAAGUCUCCACCACUGAUAUCUGCCCAGUCCCGCAAAGAAGUACUGUAUGAUCUACAAAGAAACCUCGGACGUGACGCUCUGCCUGUGGUUAUUGAGUGCAUGGCUGAAGGUGCCCCAAGCCCCAAGUACCGCUGGACGAAGAACAACAAGACACUUAUCUGGGAGGUUGACCCUCGUUUCAGCCUGGAGGAGGGCACAGGCAAUCUCCUCAUCAGUGACCCCACCAUGGAUGACAAUGGCCUCUAUCAGUGCUUUGCCUAUAAUAACCUGGGCACAGCUGUUGCUGACCCUGUCUACCUCUUGAACACAAGCAGGAUUGAGUUCUCCAAUGACAAAGAUGAAAGUGAUACGUACAAUGUCAAGGCAGAGUUGGGUCGCCCUUUCAAGCUUUCCUGCCCCAAGGUGUUUGGUUACCCAAAACCUACCUUAAGCUGGGUUAAAGCUAAUCAGCUUGAAACCCAGAUUGAGAUUGAGUUUGUAAAUGAUGAGCGAAUCAUAUCAGAUCCCGAGGGUAACCUGUGGUUCACUCACAUCACAGAAGCCGAUGAUACUCGCAAGAACAACUUCCAGUUCAUCUGCCUCGCUUCCACCACAUUUGAGCCAAAUGACUUUUCGAUGGCCUCCAUAAUAGAGCUCUCGGUUGUGGAUCCUGCUGAUGGCAACCUCAACCUGAACGAGGAGCAACUUAAUGUGGAGAGCUUCCCCAUGUACACCUCGAAUGACACUGUGAAGUUCAUUGCUCUGCAGGAGAACACACUCUGGUGCAUCUUCGGUGGAGAACCAACACCCACUGUGUCAUGGAGGAUGGGGAACGGUACGGAGUUGAACGAGACCAGCUUCACUACCAGAAAUUCGGGAAGCACACUAGUCUUCCUUGACACCAAGGUGGAAGAUGCUGGGGAGUACCAGUGUAUAGUAAGCAACGGUGUUGGGGAGGUGAAGACAAAGUCAGUAGUGGUGGUAGUGGAGCAGGAACCCACAUUCAUGAGUGCUAUGGAGUCCUUCACAGUCGAGGAAGGCUCUACAAUCACUUUUGUUUGUGAUGUCGCAUCUACCAAGAACAUUACCUACACCUGGAUGUAUAAUGGUCGUGUUAUCUCUCUCACAGGAGGAAACAUGCGUCGCAUCAUCAAGGGUAACACGCUGACCAUCGAUGACAUCAUCAGUACCGAUGUGGGGAACUAUGCUUGUAAUGCCACCUCAGACACUGCCUAUGCCUAUAGUCAAGCAACACUAGUCGUCUUGCCAGCUGGGGGUUACUCAACAAGGCAAAGUGGCAAGUUGUGCGAUGGCAUGCAAGAGCUGCGGAAUGAGAUCAGGGCAUUACAAGACACCAUCCAGUUGAUCUAUUCUGCAGUGAGGGAACAGCAAGGCCUGGCUCAGUACACGCAGGACAUCCUCUCCCAGGUUGCUGAGAAGCUGCAGGUCCCUGCUGUCAGGACCAACAUUACUCCAGCCUCUGUUACUGAUGAUGGCAAUAAGGUGGGCAAUACAGAUGAAGAGGACGUGGAGGGAGAGCUAGCAGCCACCACGGUUUCUCCAUAGACUGUUUCACAGUACUUGCCACCCCUGCUGACCUGUUACAUUAUUGUUGUUAAAGUAUGUAUAUGUCUGUGUGUGUAAGACAGAGUGAACGAGCUUGUUUCUGUGUGUGUGUAUCUGCAAAGCCUGGUGUGAGGCAGACCACGAACAAAAAAGUAUGCAUUAUUCGGUUUACAAACUGGCAUUUUAUUUCUAACGUGAAAUGCACGGUCUUUUAGAAUUAAGUAAGGUUCACUUGAUGAGUAUAAAUGGCCUUUCACACAUGACCAUGAAAUACGUCAAUUAGUAGCCUUUAGGGUAAGAUGUGAAAACUAUGUCUAAGAUGACAUGAGCUGGUGGUGGUGAACACAGUUUCCACCAUCGCUAAUAUCUUAGCUAUAACUUAGGGCAUUCUGUGCAAUACAAGUUGAAUUAAAUUCACAAAUAUACCAUUGAUUCCA